AAGCGCUUGGAUCCUGUGUGUCCAUGACCUUAUAGUUGACAGGGAAGAAAACACGGUGCGCCGCCCUGCAUCACGCCUCAUGUCCUGGCCCACGUAGGCCUUUCCAGGGCUGGGAAGCCUCUCUCGUACAGCCGUGAAGAGGAUAUCCACACUGCCGCACAUGAAGACCCACACUGCAUCCCAGCUUUGGUUGUCUUUCCAUGUGUGCAGCUGAGCAUGAAGGAAACAGGAUCAGCUGCAAGUCUAAAAGCUGCCCAAGAAGCAGCUGCAAAGGUUAAUGCCAUGUUGGUUGCUUCAGGUCAGCUUAAGCUCUCAGAGCUUAACAAGAACAGAACAAAGAACAACAAAUCAAAUGACCUCUUCAUUGAAGAGGUUGUCAUCAAUGAUGCCCCCAUGAGUGCCAGAAAUUUUCUUACUCGUUCCUCUACACAAGAAGAGAUUAGUAAGAUGUCUGGUGCAGCAGUGUCAACUCGGGGCCGGUAUAUGAAUCAGGAGGAACGAAAGAAUCCUAGCAAAAAUCCUAGUGACCGUCCUCUUUAUCUUCAUAUCCAGGCUGUCAACCAGCAAGAUGUCAAAGUUGCAGUUGGUCGGAUCACACACAUCAUUAUGGAACACAGUCACCGCAAGGGCCACGGUAUGCAGCGGCCAAGAGGACCCAGACCCAACCCAGCUCCAGGUCUGAUGGGACCCAGACCUGGCAGUGGUCCCAGAGGCCCGCGACCUCUAGUAUUCCGACCACCAAGACCAGACAUGUCUGCUCCUCCUCCCCCUUCCCAGGCUCAGCCUCCACCUCCAGUAACUAAUAUAUUCAGAGAGAAAGUAUUUCUACCUGUAAAUAUUGGUUUGAACCCUACUGACAUUCAAGCACGCCUUAUUGGGGAGAGUGGUAUGAACUUGCGCUACAUUCAGGAAGAAACUGGAGUGGCCAUCUCCAUACGUGGCAUUGGUUCUGGAUACCAUGAGAGUGGUACUGGUCAGGAAGCCCAAGAUCCCCUUCACUUCUAUCUUGAACAUGACAACCAGGAGCAGUUUAACCAGGCUAAAGAUCUAGUUGUUAACUUGGCGCAGACAGUGAUUUCUGAAGUACAGCAGGAGUUACAGCAGCAGCAACAGCAACAACAACAACAACAACAGCAGCAGCAGCAACAGCAUCAACAGCUACAGCAUCAGCAACUUCAGCAACCAGCUCCUCUUUUCACACAACCUCCACCCCAGCAGCCUGAUGUGGCCUUAGGAGGUGGAGGCAAUAUUGGUCAGCCGCACUUGGCUCCUGUACAGGUGGCCCCUCACCAGCUCACAGCUCCACCAGCUCCACCACCACAGAUGGUUCAUUCACAGAUGGUUCCACCUCAGGUACCUCCCCAUUCACAAAUUGUGCCUCCUCAUGUUGGCCACCCACAAAUUCCUCCGGCCCAGGUGCCCAUUCCAGGCCAGGUGGGUGGGCCACAGGUUAGUGCCAAUGUGAUGCACACUGUGCUGGCUCCUCAUCUACAGCCUGGUGGAGCACCUGUGUCCCAGGAGGUCAUACCACAGCAAGAAGUGAUACAAGCCACUGUAGUGUCUCUGCCACAGCAGGUUGUACACCUGACAGCUCCUCCUGUAGUGUCAAGUACAACAGCUGUAGCAAAUCAGCAAUUAGUGCAUACUUCAUCAGGCACACAGCUGGUAACUUUACCCCCUGGAACACAAAUAAUCAAUAUGCCUGAUGGCCCUCGACUGGUGGCUCUGGCUGGUGGCACCCAGGUAGCUCCUCCUGUACCUGCUGGACAUCAAACUCACCCAGCUCCCCUGCAUGAUCCCCAAGGUGUGCCAAACCCUCUGGUCCAACAGCAGCCUGUACCCCAGUCUAUGGCUGUUUCAGGAGGCACCAACCAACUGACCAUUAACCAGACUUCAAUUCUUAGUGAGGGAGGAGCACCUCCAUCCAAUCUAGCCAGGUCCUUAGGGGCCACAAGUUCAUAUUCAGCACCAUCUUUGGUAAACACUGUCAGUACUUCCAGUCCCUUAACCAAUGCCACUCCCCAUGGUGCUCCAGAUGCACAGUUCCCACCCAAUGUCAAUGCCAGCAUCCCUCCCCCAAGUACCACCAUGCCUUUAGGCAUGCCUCCUCCAGCUCCCCUUGGUAUGCCUCCUGCUGUCACUGCUAAUGCAGGAACAGUUUCCUUUGUGCUCACCCCAGGAGUGAACACCAUGACCACUACCUCAGGGGUGGGCCUCCUCAUGCCCCAAGACCCAGCAGUUGCCUCGGGCCAAAUGCACGUAACUCAACCUGUUGUGGUGACUGGAGUGAUGCCAAGCUUACAGCAGCAGCCCCAGCAACAGCCGCACCACCAAGUUUCCCAGACAGGUGCACCGUCAUCCUUCUUGGGUCCUGUGCCUCCUCAGCCAUUGGGUCACUCGGGAUACUCAGCCUCCCAACCUCCUGUGGAACAGCCUGUUAGUUCAGCCUAUUUAACUUCAGACCAUGGCUACAAUGGCCCUCCAAUCACUAGUAAUGCUACUCAUCACUACAGUCAAGUGCCCCCCCAACAACAGCAGCGGCCAGUGGGUGUGGCCUAUGCCCCUGUGGGCAUGGCAGGAAGUGGAGAAGGUGCCCCACAUGGCCGGAUAGAUUUUCAGACUGGUGGAGCCCCUGGGGUUAUGGCCAACCCAGUGCCUCUCAGCAACCUGCCACCUCGUCAUCAGGGACAGAAACCUGAGCAGCAGCAGCAGCAGCAGCCUCUCCACCCACCUUCCAGCCACUACAGUAACCAGCCAAACCACCAGGAAUUGCGACCUGUGUCUUUAGAACAACAGUGGCAACAGUUUCAACAGCAAGUGAAGAUGGAGGGAGGGCAGCAGCAAUAUGACCCAUAUGCUGCUGCCACUGAGGAGUCUGAGCACCAAGAUUCAGCCAGACAGACUCAGACCACUCACUCAGGAGCUCCUACAUCCCAACAGCAGCCAUUGUCUUCACAGGCUCCUUCUCAGCCAUCAUCACAGCAACAGUAUGGAAACUUUAUAGAACAACCAAACCAGCACCAGCAGCAGCAGCAGCCUCCUACUCAGCAAGCAUCUUCACUCUCUGCAGACUCCAGGGAUGGGGAAAACAGGUCACCUGGUACCCUUGCUAAAGGUGAACCCAAGGCAAUUGGUCGAGGAAGCCCUCAUGGAACUUAUAACCAUUAUUAUGGUGGGCAACACAGUCUUGGCCCUCAGAACCAACAUGCCGGACCACCUUCCCCAGAGAGACAGGAUCACCAGCCACAGCCACAACCCAACCAAAGGUACUCGAGUCAACAGGCCCCAGGCCAUCCAGAGCACCCACAUGUAUCACCAGCCCAGCAACACAGGAGAUCGCCUCAAGGCCAGCCUCCUUCAGGCCAUGCACAGCAGUUCCACCAAGGGCAAUUUCAGGGGCAGUUGCAUCCUCAGGACCAGUCACCACAGAAGAAUCCUGAGGCAGGAACUCAAGAAGACCAGUACUCAUCCAGCAAGCAGGGGGAAAUGCUGACGUCCAUAUACCAGGCACCACAGUAUCAACAUGGACCACCACAUCACCCACAGGGACCUCCUCAGCCUGGACUUCCUGAAGGCCAGUACCAACAGGGACCUCCACCACCAUCACUUCAGCAACCUCAACAAAACCAGUACCCUCCAGGACAAUAUCCAUGGGCACAAUAUCCUCAGCCCACCAAUGGACCAGGAUCAUUUCCUGCAGGCCCAAACAACUUUGGAAAUGGUCCAGGACCACAUCCAAAUGGCCCAGGGCCUUUCAAUGCACCAGGGGGACCAGGAGGACCAAAUGUCUCUAAUUCAUAUGCUCCUCUUGGUCCUGGAGGUGGAGGGCCAUAUCAGAGAGGAGAUGGACCUGGCCCUUACCCAGGUGGAGGAAGUGGAGCAGCUAUUGGGAUCCCCAUGGGGCCAGGUGCAGCAGAGGAGCAGCAGGCUGUACUGCAGGACAAGAAGGCAGAACCAGGGGUGGCCAGAGAUAUGACUGCAUCGCUGUUGAUGCCGCCACCCGCCUCCUCCUCCAAGCGAGACCCUGCUAGGCUCAAGAGUACGAGAGGAUCCCUCAGAGCCAAGCAUGAAGAGACAAAGAUCAUGUAGUCCGCAAGAUGAAAGGAAGCUUUCCCGCAGACAUGGCUUAGACCCAGAGGAUGUUGGUGGCCGUGAAAGUGGCAGAUUGCUGAGACCCAAAGGACCUGAUUCAUUAGCUCCAGAUGGUGGCAGCCACUACUCUUCUUCAGGCAGUUAUCGUAGUGGUCCAGGAGGAUAUUCAGAGGGAGGGCGACCGGGUGGUUUUCCCAGUGGCCCUGGAUCCUUCAUGGGCCAUGGAGGACCCUGGGGCUGGAGGCCAGUGCCAGGGCCCUACUCAGAUCUACCACUGAGACCAGGACCCUUCAGCCGACCUCCUGGUGUGGGCAUGGGCACUAGCCAAUCCCCUUAUGGCAGGAACCUUCGUGACCGCACAGAUUUGGAGGAUGUAGGUGGGGGUGGCCGAAGGUUAGGAAGAGGGGGAGGAGGGAGGGGAGGGUUCUCUAUGGGGGGCCGAGGAGGCAGGGACCGCCGCUGGUGAUGUUAAUGGGUGUGUCCUGCAUCAUGUAUAUAGUGAAUAUUAUUGCUUCAAGCACUGAAUUUUAUUUAUAAAAAAGAAGCAGUAUAUUUAUCUAUCUUUUUAUGAUGCUUUACAUUACAAUGAAUAUUUAUUUUCAUAUUACAAGUAUUUUUUACUUGAUAUAGCGAGAAACAAUUGUAACCAAUUAAAUUGUACACUUUUUACAGGUUGGACUUCAUCUAAAGUGUGAUUGUUUUACAGCUUGGAAAGUUACAAUGAUACAUUGUCCACUUACUGAGCACUUGCAGUUGCAGAAAUGUGAUUUAUUAAUAUAAUAUUAAAAUAUGAUGGCUGUGCACUAGUACUUGUAUGAUGUAGUGGGAUAGUGGGGUGUUAUGUGCUGGUUGUACUUAUUGCUCAAUACAAACUAAAAAUUUAAAUCAUUAAAUCAUGAAUCUGUAGCAAAGGUUAAAAAAAAACUAAACCGCUUAAUGUAUACUUUCAAGGAAAUGAAAGUGACUUAAGAAUAAUGUAAUUAGGUACAUGCAGAAAAAGUAACACUAGGUGAAAUAGAGUAGGAGUAGAUAGCAAUUUAUACACUUGCAUUUUUACCUCAGCCAUUUUUAAGCAGGAACCUAGACUGUAUGCAUGUAUCAGAAAAUAAUUUGUAAGAUAGUUCAUUUAAAGUUUAUUGUUACCCAGUGCUCAAAACUCAAGAACUCCCUGAAUGUUGGACAUGGACUGGGUGUGAAAGCCAAAGUCUUAUUAAAAAUAGUUACUGA